AUGUCUUCAUCUCCCGUUCCCCUCCUCAAAGCUCCCGUCCCGGGCAAUCGCGGCAAUCCCAAUAGUCCCCGGCCGCCUAAGCUUACCUUGGGCAUCCCUCCCUCUGCCACGAGUCGUCCUGUCGCCGGUAAUGGCGUUCCUGCCGCCUCAGAUGCGCCCCAGCCACAACGUCCCUCUGGUCGGCCCCCUCCUCCCCAGCUACGACUCGCAACCCCCAUGGGCAGCACCCAAGAUGUCCCCCCGCAGAGGAAUGCUCGACCUAUGCCACCACCCUUGGCGACAACUGGGCUGAACGACUCGAACGACCGCUCGCGUUCAGGGAGCUUUACCCAUUUGGAUGGAAAAGGCAGUGGCCCCGCCUCCGCCUCAUCAUCCAAUUAUUCAACCCUGUCGUUUGCUAUGGGUCUCCGACAACCGCAUGGAGGAACGCCGGACCCUUCAUCAGCAAUCAGCUCUGUGUAUUCCGAUCGCGAGGGUGGUGUGCAGAUGGAACGAGAUAACAGUGUGAACGGCCUGAUCCCCGAUUUAGACAAGCUGAGUCUGGAGAAAGGUCGAGCUUUGGAUGUCGAGGAUCUGGAUGACCAAGGGUGGCUGGCCGCCAGUGAACAGAAAAAGAUUGUUGAGUUAGGCAGCUUGGGUGAAGGAGCAGGAGGAGCUGUCACACGAUGCAAGCUCAAGGAUGGGAAGACGGUAUUUGCCUUGAAGAUCAUCACCACAGACCCGAACCCAGAUGUGAAGAAGCAAAUUAUCCGGGAACUAAACUUUAACAAAGAUUGCGCCUCGGAACAUAUAUGUCUCUACUAUGGUGCGUUUAUGGAUAAGUCGACCGGUACGAUCUCUAUCGCGAUGGAGUUCUGUGAAGGAGGUAGUUUGGAUAGUAUAUAUAAGGAAGUUAAAAAGCUCGGUGGACGGACAGGUGAAAAGGUGCUUGGAAAAGUGGCAGAAGGAGUUUUGAAUGGAUUGACAUAUCUCCAUGGCAGGAAGAUUAUCCAUCGAGAUAUCAAACCAUCCAAUAUUCUUCUUUGUCGGAACGGCCAGGUGAAGCUCUGCGAUUUUGGAGUCAGCGGAGAGUUCGGCACCAAGGGCGACGCAAAUACAUUCAUCGGCACUUCAUAUUACAUGGCACCAGAGAGGAUCACAGGGCAAUCAUAUACCAUCACAUCCGAUGUCUGGUCACUCGGCGUGACCCUGCUGGAGGUUGCCCAACAUCGGUUCCCAUUCCCUGCCGACGGAACGGAGAUGCAGCCUCGUGCUGGUUUGAUUGACUUGUUGACAUAUAUUGUACGGCAACCGAUCCCAAAACUGAAAGAUGAGCCGGAAAAUGGUAUCCGCUGGUCGAAUAACUUCAAAUACUUUAUUGAAUGCUGCCUCGAGAAAGAGCCACCACGAAGAGCGACACCAUGGCGGAUGCUGGAACAUCCGUGGGUAUUGGACAUGAAGAAUAAAAAGGUGAACAUGGCAAACUUUUUGAAGCAGGUGUGGGAUUGGAACGAAUGA